AGAUUUUUGGGCAGCAGCUUGUGUAGUGAUUUAUUUGUGUUUUAGUAACGUUAAAUAACUGAUCGAGGUAUUUGUUCUUUUGACCGAGCAUUUCGGGAUACAAAACAUAGCCUCCAAUCUUGACUUGCCGAACUUAUUUGUUUUAGCAAGUUGAGCUUUUAAUUGCUAUACAUUAGUCAAUUUUUAAGUGGUGUUCCUUGAGCCCCCAAGCUCAACAUGCGUGUUUUUGGUGAAUUGGGACAAGUUUGACCGUUUUUAACUCGUUUCGUGAUUUUAAAAGCGUGUAACUGUAAUAAAUAUUGUGUGCGGUUUUUUCUAGAUAAUGUCGACCCUCCAUUAUUACGGAAUUUGAAAGGGUUUGUAAUCCAACCGUUCGUUUAUUGGGGAUCGUGUGAAAGUGUUAAUGUGGUGUGUUUACUGCCAUUUGUGUCUUUGAAAAAACACAAAAUCUACUAUGGACUCUUUUGUUGGAGGUGAAAAAGCCAUGUCGUCAAGAGAUUAGUUUUAUUUUGCCUUUUUGCUAUCGUCCAUUUUGUUUGAUGGCUAGGGAAAAGGGUAAAGUAGUAGAAGUUACGAAGGAGGAUAUUUACAACUGGGUGCAUGUCGAUGUUAGACAUCAUGCCUCUGCCUUUUGUACCACGAAUUUGCUACUUGAAUUAAAAUCCGCAAAGUUGGCGAAAGACGAUGCUUCCUUUGGUGUUGAGCUGUUGCCUUUUAGCAGUGAAGAGCGAGUUUGUGAAAGGCAAAGAGAUUGGACGUACUUCUACAUGUAUACUCCAGUGUUGACGGAGUUGCAUGUCAAGUUUUCCUUUUUAGUUUUUGAGUGUCAGAUUCUGACACAGUUGAACUGUGUCCCUUCCCAGUUAUAUCCUAAAUUCCUGGGCCUUCUUAUUAGGAUUUGAAUGUUUGAUGAAAUUUCUUGAAUACUCACCUUCCUUGGAUAUCUUCUUCUCCUUUUUUCAGUCUAAAGGUGUGCGAAGAGGGUUGUAUAUCUUAGUAGCUAUUCUGGACGAUCUUUGUUUUUGCUGUAUAAAUCAUCUUUUAAAAACUUCAAAGUCAUGUUUGUAAAAAUUCGGUCUUUUCAAAGCGAGUAUCCCUUUUACUUGGAUGAGGAACUAGUGGAAAGGUUCCCUCUUUACUGGUGUCCGGAGCCUAUGCAGAUACUAGAAGAUGUUGACAGGAGCGAAGAGGAGGAUUUGUUUCUAGAUUUUUUUUGGUAGAAAUUUUUUUGGAUGGAGAGUGUUUGUUUAUUUUCGAACUAUUAAAAUUGGAGAAUGACAAAGAAGCGUUAGGGGUUUAUAAAGGUGGAAGGGUGACAAACUUAACCAUGUCGCGGUUGCAGUCAUUUCUAGUGUAGAAGAAAAAAAGUGAGAAAGAAUGAAUUAAUCUGGAUGUGGUUAAAGAGACAGCUGCCGAUGUGGCUCAAUCGAGUGCUUGGCCUAUUGUUCAGGAAAGAAAAAGGGGUGAAGAGGAGGAUUCUUUGGAAAUUCUCUCCGAGGAAGAGCUGGAUGUCGAGAAGUCAGUGUUUGAAAAAUAGAGAAAUUUGCACGACUUCGUUGACAAUGGAAAUACCCAGUCUUUGUGGAGUGAGAAGUUUCCUAUCGCGGAGCUUUCAGAUAAGGUUGCCCAACAUGCCCGUGAUGUUAAGAUGGUCAAACGUGUGGGCCAAGAAGGUGUUGGGAUGAUUUGGCGUUUUGUUGUUCAAUCGUGACAUGCAUAGGUUUUAUUUUGAUGACAAAUAUUUCAUUUCAGAUAGUGACUUUAAGAUUGUUGUGUAUGGGCCAUACUGCUGAGUUAAUGGGUGCUGAGGAAAGUCUUAAAGUGGCGACUUUGGAAAAGUCCUUGAAGGAAAAAGAGGCAGUAAUUAUUGAUGUUACUGCUAAGAUGAAAAGUGGAGAGUCAGAAAUUGCUAACCUGCAGGAUCAAAUUCGUUCACUACAAGGUCAAAUAAAGGAGCAUGAUAAUGAGAAAGGAAGAAUGACAUCCCAGAUUCAUGAAUUAGAAAAUGAUGUUCUGGAGAUGUUUGCUACUGGUUUUGAUCGGGCUGUUAGCCAGGUGGUUGCUUUUGCGCCCGAGUUUGACGUUGGAAAGUUAGAUGUGACAAAAAUAGUAGUUAAUAGAGAACUUGUAGAGGAUGAAGCCGACGAGCUGGAAGAUGAGAAUGCCGCUCCUGUUGAUAAAGAAGCUUAAAAAUAUGUAUUUGUUAAAUUUGACUAUGUUUAUUUCGGAACUGUUUAUGUGCUGAAUUGUUUGUGCAUGGAUGUUGUGCCAAUUAUUAUAACAGUUUGACUUUGUUUGGAUUUGCUUUGAAAUAUAUGUUUUAGU